CCGACAUCACAGAAUCUAGUAAUUCCAGAAUCUAGUAUCGUAAUUCAAUCUUGGUUGCUCCUUUGGCGUACAAAUGGCCACAGUGCAAUGUAUUCUGAUGGUGUUAUUGGCAGGAACACUACAGACAGCGUUCUGCCAAUGUGAUAAUACUUCAUUGGUUAUAAAGAAAGGGAACGGCGAGAUUACUUCUCCGAAUUAUCCUCCAAACGAAUACGGAAAAUCAGCUUCAUGCUUGUGGGAGUUCCAGCCUCCGAUAGAUGGGAAGAAUUACAGUCUCAAUCUGACGAUUGUUUAUCAACGACUCUAUUUUGUUGCUGGUGGAUUCCACUUGAAAUACUGUUCGGGAAAUUAUUCGCUUUUUAUAAGAAAUGAUCAACAAGAAUGCCAAAGAUACAUCUCUACCCAGAAUCUAAAAUACGUUACAUUGAUGUUCUAUGAUUCUGACUCAUGUGGCGCUGGAUCUCCCAAUCAACCAUUCUCUCCGGGCGUUACAGUUCGGUAUACUUCUAAAGGAUUGUUGUACAGUUCGAAUCAAUUUAGUAUGGGAUUCGAAAUCCAAUACAAAUUUACCGAAUGUAUUGAAGCAACGACACUCUACCCGACAACUAUUGCACCUACAACCACUGUUAUUGAAACGACUACUGCGGAAGAAACUACCACAUAUAUGAUGGAAACCACUGCGCCAGAAAAGCAGGAAACGACAAUGCCAACAAAAAGAAUCGAAAUGGGAAAUUUGUCUACAUUCAUCAAUAAUUUGACAUGGACAAAAUCAACGUUCGACACAACUCCCAUAGAGUCGUCAAGAGUAUCAACAGAAACAGUCAACACAAACACUGAUGGAAUUACGAACACAGGUGGAAUGAGUCCAACAACUCUAAUACUCCUCCUCUCCAUACCAAAAUUUAUCUUUGUUUUACUAGUUGUCGUGGCUGGAAUUGUAUUCUACAUGAAAAGACGAUCACAACGCUCAGACCAUGUCAACACAGCACAAGGGACAGCUAAUUCUACUGAGAUGGGAAAUAUCAUUUCUACGAGUCAAAACGGAACGUCAGGUACCGAUGGCUACGAAGAGGUUCAAUCUGCGCCAUCUGGCGGAUAUGAAGAGAUACGACAAGCAACUGACGGAUACGAGAAAGUGCAAAUCAGGGCAAUACCUCAGGAAAAAGAAAGCGGAUAUAAAGCAACGUAUAUGAACGUUGCAUAAAAGUCAGAAAACAAAUAUUGUGCAACAAAACAGUGAAAG